AUGGAGGCGGCGAGCGCCAGGGCCGCCGCGCGAGACCAGUGGGGGGGAUACGGCGGCCAUGCUCCCUCACAGCUCCAGCGCUUCAUCCAGGCUGCCUGCAGCCCCGAGAACUACGAGCCCAACCUCGCCCUGAACCUCGAGAUCUCCGACCUGAUCAACUCAAAGAAGGGCACUGCCCCCCGCGAGGCUGCCGUCGCCAUCGUCAACUACAUCAACCACCGCAACCCCAAUGUCUCCCUGCUGGCCCUCAACCUGCUCGACAUCUGCGUCAAGAACUGCGGCUACCCCUUCCACCUCCAGAUCGGCACAAAGGAGUUCCUCAACGAGCUCGUCCGCAGGUUCCCCGAGCGCCCGCCCAUGCGCUACAGCAGGGUGCAGAUGAAGAUCCUCGAGGCCAUCGAAGAAUGGCGCAGCACCAUCUGCGAGACCAGCCGCUAUAAGGAGGAUAUGGGCUUCAUCAGGGACAUGCACAGGCUGCUGAGUUACAAGGGCUACACGUUUCCCGAGGUCAGGAGAGACGAUGCUGCCGUGCUUAAUCCGAGCGAUAACCUCAAGUCGGCCGAGGAGAUGGAGGAAGAGGAGCGUGAGGCCCAAUCUGCCAAACUACAGGAGCUCAUCCGACGAGGCGCUCCCGAGGACCUACAGGAAGCAAAUCGACUUAUGAAGAUCAUGGCUGGCUACGACACAAGGUCCAAGGUUGACUACCGCGCAAAGGCCGCCGAAGACGUCUCGAAGAUCCAGGCCAAAGCAAAACUUCUCGAGGAAAGGCUAGAAGGCUUCAAAGCAGGUGACAGCAUGACAGACGGCGACGUUUUUGAAGAGCUGGCGUCUUCUCUUCAGAGCGCACAGCCCAAGAUCCAAAAGAUGUGCGAGGAGGAGUCCGACGACCACGAGGCUGUCGCAAGGCUGCUCGAGAUCAAUGACAGCAUACACCGGACUGUGGAGAGGUACAAGCUGAUGAAGAAGGGCGACCUCGAGGGGGCGUCCAAGAUCGCGCGCGGGGAGCAUGUCGCCUCACAAGCGGCCGUCAAGAGUGCAGCCCAGGAGCUCAACCUUAUUGAUUUCGACGGCGAAGCAGAGGCCAACGGGCCCUCGGGUAAUGGAUCUGCGGGCCCGAGUGCAGGCAGCCAGUCCCAGCCCGGCGGUCUUGAGGAUGAUUUGUUAGGGCUGUCUCUUGGUGACGAUGCCGGCACUUUUGGCCAGACUGGAGGAAUAUCGCUAGGGUUCGGGCACAACGGCAGUAAGUCAACGGUCAACGCGCACACAGGCAUUCGCUCACCGAGAUCAACAGAUGUCCCGGGGCCAUCAUUGCUCUCUUCGAUGACACACAACAGCACUGCCCAAGGUUCAGGGAUGACCACGUCUACACCUGACCCGUUUUCAUCAUUCAAUGCCUUCAACUCAGCGCCGUCGACAUCAAAGAAUAACACCCCACAGCCCCCCAAUUACCAACAAUCAGCGUUCGCUGUCCCAGCGCAGGCCGCAGACCCUUUUGCCGCUCUUGCCUCCCCGAAAUUCGCCACUGGUCUCUCCAACAUUUCGAAACCGGCCACUCCGGCCCAAACUUCGGCUGCAGCGCCAGCAGCACCAGCAACGCAGGCCAACGAUGACGACGAAUGGAAUUUCGCGUCUGCCUUGCCUACAGAUACUCCGGCGCUGCCCAAAGAACACAGAGCUGUGGUCAACAACACCAGUUUGAAGAUCGAUAUGCUCGCAAAUCGGACAACGGGCACCUCCAACAGCAUCAACCUCUCAUUUGCUUUCAGCAAUAACACAGCGCAGCCGAUUUCAGAAGUACACUUCCAGCUGGCGGUGACAAAAGGAUAUGAAUCCCAACUCAAGCCCCAGACAGGGCGGUCGUUGGAGCCAAAACAAAGCCGCGGGAUAACGCAGGCCAUCGAGGUCUGGCACGCAGGGGACAGGAGCAAGAAGGUCGAGUCCAUCAAGCUAAGGUGGAGAGUGGCGUAUAAGGUUGGAGCAGAGCUGAAGACGGAGAUGGGAGAGAUAGCAGACUUCGGUCUGGCAUGA